CACUCAGCAAGGUCGACCUGUGACACACCAGGUUUCUCUGACGUUUGAGACAUUUCCCAUAAAGAGCGACGCAUGUCAGGAACGUGGUGCGCCUUCUAGCGUUAUUUUGACAUGUCACUGACACGCAUUCGUGUUCGCUAGGGUUCUGUUUCGCUUGAGACGACGAGCUGCGGUCCUGUUUGGUAAUGUUUACACUAGCAGCCAGCUAGCUUUGAUGAACACGCGAGCAUGAGUUCAGCACCGAAUCAUGGCAGCGUCACCGGAACGGAGAACGGACUGACCCACAAACACGCCGUGUCUCUUACUGGACACGUCCGGCAGGUCUUCAGCCAUGUGAAGGUGGAAAACCUGGUGGCAGGGCUGAGUGGAGGAGUGGUGUCCACGCUGGUCCUUCACCCGCUCGACCUGGUGAAAAUCAGGUUUGCAGUCAGCGAUGGAUUGGAACUGAGACCCAAGUACGGUGGCAUGGUCCACUGUAUGAAAAGUGUUUGGAAGCAAGAGGGGCUCCGAGGACUCUACCAGGGGGUGACACCCAACGUGUGGGGUGCUGGAGCCUCCUGGGGUCUUUACUUCUUUUUCUACAAUGCAAUCAAGGCGUAUGUGAAGGAGGGACGACAGAGUGAACUGAGUGCCACAGAGCACCUGGUGUCUGCGGCAGAAGCAGGUAUCAUGACGCUCACCAUAACCAACCCAAUCUGGGUCACCAAAACACGACUGGUCCUGCAGUAUAGUUCCGACCCAAACACGAAGCAGUACAAGGGGAUGCUGGAUGCUCUGGUCAAGAUCUACCGCAACGAGGGUGUACCUGGGCUCUACAAGGGGUACGUACCUGGUUUGUUUGGCACCUCCCAUGGUGCCCUACAGUUUAUGGCAUACGAAGAGCUAAAGAGGGACUACAACAGAUACCGGAAGGUUUCUUCAGACGCCAAGCUGAACGCCCUGGAAUACAUCACAAUGGCGGCUCUAUCCAAAAUCUUCGCUGUCGCCACGACAUACCCAUAUCAAGUGGUCCGAGCUCGACUUCAAGACCAGCACAACAGAUACAGUGGUGUGCUCGAUGUCAUCGGACGGACAUGGAGGAACGAAGGCAUGGUGGGUUUCUACAAAGGAAUGGUCCCCAACUUAAUCCGUGUCACUCCAGCUUGCUGCAUCACUUUUGUAGUCUAUGAAAAUGUGUCCCACUUCCUUCUGGGUCAGAGCUGAUCGCACCUUCCUCAGGAACUGUGUGUGAUGGCGCACACGUUCACUUGCUCUGAAAAGAGUACAGAAUUGUGAAGAGGAGUCACUGGUUUGAUGACGAAGUAAAAGAUGUUUUUUAAUGUGCAACUCUGCUCAAUAUUUCAAAAUUAUGUUUACAUUUUGUUUUAGUUUUCCAGCAGCUGAAAGCUUGCUGCAGGUUAAAAUGAAAGCAGACGUUUAGUCGAUGUUAUUGAACAAACAAAUGAUACACCUCCUACAGAUGUACACUUGCUGGCAGCAGACUGUAAAAGCAUUUCUUUUUUAAUUAAAACUCA